GCUUCCCCAAAACUAGUUGGGAAAUAUAUGGUCAAACGGAUCCCAAGAGAGAAGCUAAAAGACUAUAAAAGCAGCUUGCCGAUAGCCAUCGGUAACCAACUAGUUCGGCUUGCACCGCGGGCCUAUUUAAGGUGGUUGGGGAAGCAGUUGUUAUCAGAAAUUUCUCUCAAUUGCCCUACUCCACUCUCUCUCUCUCUCUCUCUCUCUCUCUCUUUCUGGUUUUUGUGUUCAAGGUAUUACUGUUAUUCCGAAUAGGUUUCGUACUAUCCACGCUACAUACAGGUACGCAAAUAUAUCUUCCUACUCUUAUUUUUGCUUCAGAUUUCAUGUUUUACAGAUUAUUACACCUACAAAAUCAUGAAUUGAACAUGGGAUUAAGCAAGAAAAUAAAAUAAUUGAAAGGUCGUAUCCCUAUUUAUAAGCCAAACUUUUGCCUAUUAUACAGCAAUUUCUGGUUACUGUUACAUGGAAAAAAAAGGGUGGAUGGUUAAAUCAAAGUUGAAACCAUAUAUGAACACUCGUACAUGUAUGCAAAGUCGUCCUUUUUUAUUUUAAAUAUACUUCAAAUUUUCCUAACACGCACGCAACAAGGUAAUUUGUUCCUUUUCUUGUUGAUGAUAUAUUCAAUUAUUAUGGUUAUUAAUGUGUAGUUACUGCCUGGGUAAAGUUGUUGCCACGUGACCGAGAGGUUACGGGUUCAAGCUCUGAUAGUUUUCUGCAGAGCAAGGCUAGUCAUAAUAAAUACUUGUGGUUUGACUUUCUAGACCCGUGCAUAGAGAAGCUUUAGUGCAUUGCGCUGUGCUUUUAUUAUUCUUUUUAUUUGCAGUUUGUAGCUACAAAUUUAGAAAACAGAAAUGGCUGAAUCUGCUGCAACCAAUGGAAUGGAGGUAGAAGAACAUUUGGUAGAUACAGAGGAAGACAAUUGUGAUGAGAAUUCAAGGACAUUGUUUCUUAAAGAGCUGAAUCUCAUUCUAGUUCUCUCGUUUCUUUCGUUAUCAUCUGAAGAACUUGAUUUUGAUGGAACAACGGAGGUUCAUGAAAAUGUCAAAGAUAAACAAGAACAUAAAGUCGUUUCUGAUCCUCGUGUCAGGAAACGAAGUGGUAUCAAUAAAUACAGGACUAUUGAACCAAAUACUCAGAGAUUUUCGACCAAGUUUAGAGAUUGCAGGCAUUGCAGAAAAAUGUGAAGAAAUCAACAUCCAGCAAAGCUAGCAGCAAGAAAUGUACCAAAAGAAGGUUUCCAGCAAGGCCAUAGAAGCUACCUUUCAUAGUAUGUUUUUUCGCAUCAAGUGUGAGUGCAAGAGAGAUAGAUCGUUGAGGUGUAGCAUUCAAACCUUUCAAGAAAACAUACAUGUAAAAGAGUAGUACUAGAAGUAGAAUUGAUCACUCUUUUGCAAAUGCCAACUCUUUUUUUUUCUUUUGCUUCUGGUAUCCGAAAAUCAUUGAUUCAACUAGUCUAAAUUUAUCUGGUCAA